UAGAAAGAGCAACAGCUCAGCUUAGAGGAACUGCUCUCAAAGCCGCAAGAGGGUUUUCCAUCUUCUCAUUGGCUUUCAGGCAACACAACACUUACAAGCCAAAGGAGGUGGAGCAAACAAAGGUGUGGCUUCCAGGUAGGUAAAAAAAGGACAAGUGCUAUGGUUACUCGAUCAACCCAGGAGACUCGCAUGACAACUAUAGAGCAACACCACAGCAUGUUACAGAGACAGCAGGAUGAGUUGGGGAGAAAAUAUUUUGAUGUUCUUAGUUGCUUUUUGACAUAACAGACAGGUAAGACCCACUCUUAACUGCAAAUGAAUGCCUGAAGUCCUGUCAUGAAUUUUUCAGUGGAGCAACAGCGUGAAACUUUUUUUCUGCUACAUAUGGAAACAGACGAGAACUCAUAUCUAUAAACAGGAGAGUGUCAACAUGAUAGAGAGCGGCUAUGCAAAGGGAGGACAAAGCCAGGGAGUGGUAGAUGGGGGGAAACUGGCAGAAGGCAGGAGAUGGGGCAACUGGUCACGGCGCCACUGCUUUUUCAGCAUCCUGGUGGUUGCAGUUGUUUUGUUUUUUUACAGCACAGACAUAAAGGAACUGGCACCUGAGUGGACCCCUAAAUGGUGGAUACAAUAUGAUACGCAGAAAUGGUGGAUUCCAUUUAAGAGUCAGAGUCAAAAUUCAGACUGGACGAGCACAGCUGACUUCAACAGCAACACUCCAGAGAACAGCCCAACUGUAUUUUCGCAAACUGAGAAUAGCACCUCAACAAAUGUGACAGACAUGAAUACAAUACACCUACCUGAAAAUUCUUCAGUGACGUCUCAGCCAAUGAUGCAAAAAACCUCUGCAUCUCUAACACCGGUUCCUUAUGUGUCUCCUGGACCAUACUUAGUGGAAUACCCUUAUGAGUACAAAUUCAUUAUAAAUGAGCCACAGAAAUGUGAGGAGGAGAAGCCUUACCUGGUUCUGAUUGUUCCUGUGGCACCCGCCAACAGGGCUCACCGUGACGUCAUCCGCAACACCUGGGGAGGUGAAAGCCUGGUCCUGGGCAAAGUUGUGAAGCUGUUCUUUCUGCUGGGGCUUCAGACUGGAGAGGGAUCGGAGCAGCUCCAGCUGCUGCAGGAGAGCACAGAACAUCGAGAUCUGAUCCAGAGCGAUUUCCUAGACUGCUACAAGAACCUGACCAUCAAGACCAUGAUGAUGCUGGAGUGGUUGGACACCUACUGCUCUGGCGCCUCUUAUGCCAUGAAGAUUGAUUCAGACAUGUUUCUAAAUGUGCCCAAUCUCAUUAAUAUGUUGUCACAUGCUCCAAAGGAAAACUACAUGAGUGGACUUGUGGCAAGAGGAGCUGCAGUUCUCAGAGAUCGAACAUCUAAAUGGUACCUACCUGUGGAGCUUUACCCUAAGUCACAGUACCCACGUUACGCUUUGGGUCUAGGCUACAUUUUAUCUUUAGACCUCCCUAAAAAGCUUGUGGGGGCAUCCAGACACGUUAAAGCUGUUUACAUAGAGGACGUGUAUUUGGGGCUGUGUAUGGAGUACUUGGGCAUCUCUCCCACUGACCCCCCAAGCUGGGGUUAUUUCAAUGUCUUCCCUGUGCAGUACAGUCGCUGCGCUUUCUCUAGGCUGGUAGCCACCACAACUGAUGAACACUUGGAUCGUGUGAAGAUUUGGCAAGACUUUAAAAAAACAGGUCCAUACUGCUGAUCUGUACUGCUGACCUCUCCUCUCAAAAGUGUUAAAUACAGCACACAAUAGAGGGUUCGCUGUCACACCGUCACAUAAUUAUUAUUUAACCAGCAAGCAACAGAGUUCUGCUAAGAAUCAGGGCAUAAGAUACAGUCACUGAACUACUCUCAUUUUUUAAAUCCUGAGAAAAAGGAGCUGUGAAGGGUCAAAUCUGUGCAGGUAUUUACCCAGUGACAAGACUAUAGAUUUUUUGUGGGUUUUUUUUGUAUUUUGAGCUUUCCUUACAGUGAAUGAAAAUGUGAUGAUUUUCUGAACCUUGGGGUCUGCUGUGCUGAAAAAAAAGUGGAAUUCAACAUUAAGUCUUUCUGCUCUGCUGGGGUUAUUAACAUUUCAGGAGGAACUACAAAUUCAGAUAAACCAAGUAACAAAAGGUUGAGAAACUCUAUUCUCUGCUCUCAGAUUACUGCACCAUCCUCUCUGUCCUCAACUGGAGGGUAUGUACAAAUAUGAAGAUAAUAAUAAUAAUAAUAUAAGAUAAUCCUUUAUUAGUCUCACAACAGGGAAAUUUACAAGAUGUAUGGAGCUUUACGUGUGUUUGUUAAGUGGUAGUUUUACAGAGAAGGGCUGGCUGUAUUAAAAGUGUUGGUAUAAUUUGAUGUUUAAAUUGUUGGUUGGUGUAAGAAAAGGUAACGAAACUGUUAAGUUAAUGGAGACAUUGCUGUGUCUACAGUUAUCUGAGGUGGAUGAGCCAGUUUGCUUUAAAACAGUGACCUCUUAUCAGGUAUGUAGCCACUGCUCUCAAACACAAAGGGACAAAUAUGCUACAAACUCAGGGAACAUACUUAAUGUCAACUACAAUAAGUGAACAUGACACUGUGCCCACUCUUCUAUUUCCUUUUAUUUUAUUUCACUUUCUUUUAAUUGGGUGACAGACAAAUCCUGUUCUCACUCCUGUUGUGCAGGAGGACGUGUUAAGACACAUCACAGCAUUCAGCAAGGACAUGCACUGUCGCUCUUGCACGACGAACAUGGUUAAAAAUAUUUUGUUAUCCUGAUAACUCAUCUGUUCCUUAUACCCUUAUGACUGUUAUGUUGGUUGCUGUUGUAGCUGUUAUGUUGGUUCUAGUUGGGUGUAAACAUUAAGGUAUAGACUCACAAUCUGCCUUAACAGGCAGCUGUCUGUGAAUACUAAAACAGCUUUUGUUUCCUGUGCUCACUGCUGUCACGUGUACUGACUGCAGUGAGCCACUCCCACGGCCCCGCAAUAGUUUCAUGAAGGAAUAAUCAAGUCGCUGUGAGUUUGGAAACAAAUUAGCAGGAAUCCAGUUACAGAUUUAAAAAAGAGUGGAUUUCAGAUUUGAAUUGUAAUGUGAGACUGAACGAUUUAUCUGACUGUGGCUUAUCAACAUCACAGGAGACGGUUUGUGUGGACAUGCAGCAACAUGCAGAUGUUUACGUCUGAUGAUGUUUGAUAAAAGCUGCUUUAUGUCUCUAGGAGAGCACGUCCUGUUGUUUCUUCAGAGGCCGAUUGGUCUCAAACACUCUUUACUAUGUUCCUGUACUCCAGCUAUGUUGGUGGUUUUCACAAUAAAUCAAUGCAUGAAAUAACUUUGAAAUAACUUUAAUCACACAAACUCAUGCUAACUUUAAAAAAAAUGUAUAAAUGUUAUCUAUUUCCUUUUGGAUUUUUUUUUUUUCCACCUACAAAACACUGUUGUUCUUCCGUCAUCGUUUAAAAACAGGUUGUAAAAAACCUCUUCGAUCUACGUCUGAUUGAGGUGAAUUUUUAUCCACAUGGUGACAAAUGGUAACUGCAUCUUUUUUUGUAAUUCUACUUUUUCAUCAUUAUGUUUUAAACUUCUGUUUCUACCACUUCUUUGGCUGUAUGAAUGUUAUACUUCAGUCUCAACACUGUCUUUGGAGGUUUGAUGGUUUUGUCCAUCAAAAGCAGUUUAUAACACUGCUGUGGCAGAGGCUUUAGAAAUGAAGCUGAUUUCUAAAUUAGUGAGACAGAGGCAGAGUGAGUGAAAUCAAGCUUGUUACUUAUAAGGUCUUCAGCACUACAUAAACAUAAGUAAAUUGUUUAUUAAACACUAUAAUGUAGCUGUAAGCGGAUAUAAGGCUUAAUUGAUAUAUAUUUUCUCAUAUUGUCAUUUGUUAUCUGUUUAAACACUUGGAUGGAUACCUAUGGGAGCAGUUAUAGAUACAGAUACAUAUAUCUGGUCACACCUACAUUGUAGUGUUUUAGAAACAGGAGGGAGAGUAGUGAGGCCUCAGAGGCCUGUACUACGAAGCAAGGUUACUGGCUUAUCAGAGUAACUUCAGGAGUAACUUGGUGACGUCAGGUGUAACUUCCCAGUUAAUCUGUACUACGAAAGGUGGAUAGGUUUUACCUGAGGUCUGCUGCCAUGGUAAUUUACACUGUGUCUCUAAAGUGCUCCAAGCAGUUUAUGAUCUCUAACCACACAAUGUAAAACCACGGCUGCCAACAAAGCCAGGGACACUUGUCACAUGUUCUCUGGAUUCUUAAUCUGUAAUAUGAGAUGUAAGGACAUGGAAAAUAUCACAUGUCUGAAAAUGAGCUGUUACUCUCUGUUAAUGAUGUUCUGCUUCAGACUGUAUAUGUAUGAAUGUAAUGCUGUUAUGUUCAGUAUGAACUUCAUGUUAACAGUAUUUCAGCCUCAGUGGAAACUGAACCUGGAUGAAAUAAAAACAUUCUGUAAAGUU